AUGAAAAGCCCACAUUUUGUUUUUUCAAAUAUCAAUAUUAUUAUCAUCAUUUUCAUCACUCUUUCUUCUUCUUCACUCAUUAACAUUGCUCACUCACAAGAAUCAAAUGAUGCUGACGUAAUGCAUGCCUUAAAAGACAAUCUUGACUCACUGAGUUCACUGGAUUGGUCUGACCCGAAUCCAUGCAACUGGGAUCAAAUCAAAUGCUCCGACCAAAACACAAACCGGGUCAUAGCUAUUCAAGUCGGUAACAAAAAUCUAUCUGGGUCAUUACCAAAUUCAUUAAAUUUAUUAACUCAACUUCAAAUUCUUGAAUUCCAACAUAACCAACUCACUGGGUCAUUACCGAGUUUAUCCGGGUUGACUCAGCUUGAAACUGUUUUGUUGAAUAACAAUAAUUUUACAUCAAUCCCACCUGAUUUCUUUGAUGGUUUGUCUUCAUUGCAAAAAGUUUAUUUAGAUUACAAUGACUUUAAUUCAUGGGUUAUUCCUGAUAGUUUAGAAUAUGCAACAAAGUUGCAAACUUUUUCAGCUACUAGUACUAAUUUAACAGGAAAGAUUCCGGAUUUUUUCGGGGUUGGGGAGACGGUUUCCGGGCUAGUUACAUUAAGGUUAGCUUCAAAUAAUCUUGAAGGGGGUUUGCCCGAUUCGUUUUCGGGCUCUUUGAUACAGAGUUUAUGGUUAAAUGGGCAAAAGGGUGGUAGUAAGUUAAAUGGUAGUAUUAGUGUUUUGCAAAAUAUGACACAAUUGACUGAAGUUUGGCUUCAUGGAAACAUGUUUUCUGGCCCAUUGCCUGAUUUUUCGGGUUUGAAUCAGUUGCAGAAUUUAAGUUUAAGAGAUAAUAGUUUGACAGGUCCUGUGCCAGCUUCUUUAGUAGGUUUAAAGUCGUUAAAAGUUGUUAACUUGACUAAAAAUAUGCUGCAAGGACCAAUGCCUAAGUUUGAUGAUAAUGUAGUUGUAGAUAUGGUUGGAAUUGAUAGUUUUUGUUUGCAAGAUCCGGGUGUUGAAUGCGAUUCUCGUGUUAAGGUGUUGCUUGCAGUAGCAGAAUCUUUAGGUUACCCUCAAGCUUUUGCUAAAAAUUGGAAAGGAAACGAUCCGUGUAAUUCGUGGUUAGGGAUAACGUGUUCAGUUAAUGGGAGUCUUGUAGUUGUUAAUUUUAGGAAAAUGAGCCUAACUGGUACUAUUUCGGCGAAUUUUUCUUUGAUUAGGUCUCUGCAAAAGUUGAUUCUUGCAGAUAAUUAUUUAACUGGGGUUAUACCUGAUGAACUUAAAGACUUGCCUAAUCUUGUGGAAAUCGAUGUUUCAAACAAUCAACUUUAUGGUAAAGUUCCAAUCUUUGGGGAACAUGUUAAGGUAGAAAGUAAAGGGAAUCCCAAUAUCGGAAAGGAUGGUCCGAGUGUAACACCGGUUUUACCAUUUGAUGGUACACCUGGAGGUGAUAGUCAAACACCCGAUGGUGUUCGUGGUGGAGGUAGUUCACACAAUGGGGUGGUUGGAUACAUUAUAGGCGGUAUUUGUGCAAUUUUGUUACUCGGGUUGCUAGCUUUUUGUCUGUACAGAGUGAGGAAGAAACAUACUACUGGCCCAGAUAAUCCGAGGGCACUGGUGAUACAUCCUCAUCACUCGGAGUCUGAUGCUGAUGGCAUAAAGAUUACAGUUGCUGAUCAAGGUACAAAUAAUGGAUCCAGGGAACUAAACAGUCACUCAAGUAGUGGACCUAGUGACAUUCAUACAAUUGAAGCAGGUAACAUGGUAAUAUCGAUCCAAGUUCUUAAAAACGUGACAAAUAAUUUCAGCCAGAAUAACAUACUUGGUAGAGGCGGGUAUGGAACCGUUUACAAAGGAGAAUUACAUGAUGGAACUAAAAUUGCAGUAAAAAGAAUGGAAUCAGGUGCGAUUACAGAACAAGGAUUAUAUAAUUUUCAGUCUGAGAUUUCAGUCCUUACAAAGGUUCGACAUAGACAUUUGGUUGCACUUUUAGGAUAUUGUUUAGAUGGAAAUGAGAGGCUACUUGUUUUUGAAUAUAUGCCACAAGGUACACUUAGUAGGUUUUUGUUUAAUUGGGAAAAGGAAAAUUUGAAGCCUCUUGAAUGGACUAAAAGAUUAACAAUUGCUUUGGAUGUUGCUAGAGGUGUUGAGUAUUUACAUGGUUUAGCACAACAAAGUUUUAUUCAUAGAGAUCUUAAACCGUCUAAUAUUCUUCUUGACGAUGAUAUGCGGGCUAAAGUUGCAGACUUUGGCCUUGUUCGGCUCGCACCAGAUGGUAAAGCUUCACUUGUCACAAGAUUGGCUGGAACUUUUGGCUAUCUUGCACCUGAAUAUGCAGUGACGGGUCGAGUGACUACGAAGGUUGAUGUGUACAGUUUCGGGGUGAUCCUGAUGGAGUUGAUCACAGGCAGACAAGCCCUGGAAACAAGCCAACCUGAGGACAGUGUUCAUCUUGUCCAAUGGUUUCAGAAAAUGUACAUAAACAAGGAGACCUUUAUUAAUGAAGCAAUAGACUCGUGGCUUGACCUUGACGAAGAAGGUAAAGCGAGUCUGACCACUGUGGCUGAGCUAGCUGGUCAUUGCUGUGCUCGUGAACCAUACCAGAGACCCGACAUGAGCCAUGCAGUCAACGUGCUCUCAUCUCUAGCUGAGCUUUGGAAGCCAUCUGAACCGGACCCUGAUGACAUAUAUGGGAUUGACCUUGAUACACCAUUGCCUCAGGUGGUCAAAAAGUGGAAAGCAAUGGAGGGGAUGAGCGGGUUUGACCAUUCUGGGUUCACUGAAACCUCACAAUCGAGCAUGAAUUCUCCUUCGCCAUAUGGGUUCAGUAAGUCCUUAACAGCAGAGGAUGCACGGUGA